ACUCUGGAGUCAGGAGUCUACUAUUAGAUAGUGUAUAUAAAUCGGCAUAUAAAACUGCAUUACAUUAUAGACCAGAUCUUCUUAGCCCUCAGAAAAAACUCCAGCAUGCUUAUGAUAUCCAAAGUAAUAAGGAUUUUCAAAAUAUUUUUGAUACAGCUACUGCAUAUAAAACUCGAAAAGAAAAGAUACAGCUAAUCAUAUCAGCACAUUUAAGUAGUCGAACAUUAGUUCACUUGAAGCAACUUGAUAAUUACAAUGCUGUUAUACUUGCAACUAAUAUUGCUUAUAACAGAAACAAUUUACUUCCUGUUACAAGCUUCAAUACUGCAAGCCUCAAGGGCCUAUUUGCACUGAAACUCUUUGGAGUUUUUCUAAUGAUAGCUAUCAAUUUUAAUACUACUAGUGACUAUCAUUGGGAUGAACAUGAUGCGGCAAAUAGUUUAUGUAUCUUAGUUGUACUAGGAGAUUACAAAGGAGGAGAGUUAUGUUUUUCCCAGCUCCAAAUAGUUGUACAUCUUUGGCCAGAACAGAUCAUAAAUUUUACUAAAGUUUAUAAAGAAGCUAGAAUUGAGAAAGCUGCUAAUAAACCUGAGCAAGAUCUUAAUAAUGCUCAAG